UCCGUUACCUAGACUAAUUAAUUUAUCCAUUGUUUGAGUGUAUAUUUGGGAACACGUCUGCGAUAUCGUUUCAUGAAUUUCAGCUAUCAGAAGGCCAAAAUAGUUAUGCUCCUUACGAUCAACAAUGAGCUCCUUGAGUGCAAAAGACGACUGCCUUGGAUGGGCUGCAAGAGAUGUAUCGGGAGUUUUAUCACCUUACAACUUCAGCCGCAGGGAUCUUGGAAGUGAUGAUGUUUCAAUAAAUAUUACACACUGUGGAGUUUGUUAUGCUGAUGUAGUUUGGACGAGGAAUAAACAUGGGGAUUCGAAGUAUCCUUUAGUGCCUGGACAUGAGAUUGCUGGAAUUGUGAAAGAGGUUGGUUCCAAUGUUCACCGCUUCAAAGUUGGCGACCAUGUUGGAGUGGGAACCUAUGUAAACUCAUGCAGAGAUUGUGAGUAUUGCAAUGAUGGACUAGAAGUUGUUUGUGCUAAAGGAUCAGUUUUCACUUUUAAUGGUGUUGAUGCGGAUGGCACUAUUACCAAAGGAGGUUAUUCCAGUUACAUUCUCGUCCAUGAAAGGUACUGCUUCAGGAUACCUGACAACUAUCCAUUGGCUUCAGCAGCCCCUUUGCUUUGUGCUGGAAUUACAGUGUAUGCUCCCAUGGUGCGCCAUAAGAUGAACCAACCUGGUAAAUCUCUAGGAGUGAUUGGGCUUGGAGGUCUUGGUCACAUGGCAGUGAAGUUUGGGAAGGCUUUUGGGUUGAAUGUGACAGUUCUCAGCACUAGCUUAUCCAAGAAAGAGGAAGCCCUGAGUUUGCUGGGUGCAGACAGAUUUGUGGUCUCAUCUGACCAAGAGGAGAUGAAGGCCCUGGCUAUGUCUUUCGACUUUAUAGUUGACACAGCAUCUGGUGAUCAUCCAUUUGAUCCCUAUAUGUCACUGUUGAAGAUUUCUGGUGUUCUAGUCCUGGUGGGGUUCCCAAGUGAAGUCAAAUUCAGCCCUGCAAGCCUAAAUCUGGGUUUGAGAACCAUUUCUGGUAGCUUAACAGGUGGUACAAAAGUGACACAAGAAAUGAUAGACUUCUGUGCUGCUCAUAAAAUUUACCCCAACAUUGAAGUAAUUCCAAUUCAGUAUGCAAAUGAAGCUCUCGAGAGACUAAUAAAGAAAGAUGUGAAGUACCGGUUUGUGAUUGAUAUCGAGAACUCCCUGAAAUGAAACUGCUGAAGCUCUUGGAUCAUAUGAUGAAACUCAAAAGCAUAUGUAAGUAGGUUACUUGCCUGAAAUAAUUGGAUGGGUUUGUAGAGUGGUGUUUUAAUAAAUGGUUUAAUUAAAAAUAGCAGUAUGGACUUCUAAAUGUUGUUCUUUCCCAUUGCUGUCA